AUGGUGAGUGAGAACAAGGAGGAGAGUCUUCAUGAGGAAAGUGCGAUGUUUUUGGGAAGAUCUGAAGGGCAUGUUCCCCAUAUUCUUGAGCAGGGAAAGGUCUAUCAGAAUCAGUGUAGUCCAGAAAGGCAGCAGCAAAACCAUCUGGUGGAGGGACAGGGUAAAUCCAGUCCCAACAGCAGAGGGGUGAAAAUAAACACAGAAACUGUUCACCAGACAAUCUCCCAUCAACAAGCACUCUACACUUGCAGUUACUGUGGGAAAACCUUUCAACGGAAAAACACCCUAAUUAUACACCAAAGAAUCCACACAGGGGAGAAACCCUUCAACUGCUCUGACUGUGGGAAAAGCUUCAGGCAGCGGUCAAGUCUUGUUAGUCAUCAGAAAAUUCACACAGGAGAGAAACCCUUCAGCUGCUCUGACUGCGGGAAAAGCUUCAGUGAGAGGAAAGACCUUGUUAGACAUAGCAGAAUCCACACAGGGGAGAAACCCUUCAGCUGCUCUGACUGUGGGAAAAGCUUCAAUAACCGGUCAAAUUUUGUUAGUCAUCGGAGAAUUCACACUGGAGAGAAACGCUUCAACUGCUGCGAGUGUGGGAAAAGCUUCAGUGAGAGGAAAGACCUUGUUAGACAUAGCAGAAUCCACACAGGGGAGAAACCCUUCAGCUGCUCUGACUGUGGGAAAAGCUUCAGUCGGCGCUCAAAUCUUAUUGUACACCAAAGAAUUCACACAGGAGAAAAACCAUUUAAAUGUUCUGACUGUGGGAAGAGCUUCAGUUUGCGCUCAAAUCUUCUUAUACAUCAGAGAAUUCACACAGGAGAGAAACCAUUUAAGUGUUCUGAAUGUGCAAAAAGUUUCAAUCACCGCUCAAGCCUUAGUAAACAUCAAAUAAUGCAUACAUGAGAGACAAUAUCACUGCUCUGACUGUGGCAAAAGCUGCUAUCAGAGUACAGAUGUGAAUUCACAUAAGAAAGAAACCUUCAGCUGCUCUGAUUGGCAAAACCCUUCAGUCAGAAUGCACACCUCAUUGAAUAUUAAAGAAUCAACAUG